UUACAUUCAUAACCGUGAAUCUCUGCAACAUUUCUAUCACUUUUUUUAUUCUUGAAGGCGAAAAGCUAGUGAAUUUUUUUUGUAAUGUCUAGAUUACAUUGCAUCCCCCUAAUUUCUAAUUUUCUAUAGAAAAUAACCAUAAAUCCUUCAGUUUGAGAGCUGAUUCAAGGAGGCCCUUUUUCUUUAUGAUGAAGAACAAUCAAGUAGACUGAAAAGCCAAUCUCUAUGCAUCCUGCCAAUUGAAAUCAUCUCCAGAAAUGAGGUUGAUCACAUGGGGAAUGAGUAGAUAACAUGCACCAAUCCACCUUGCUAUAUGCAGCACAGAAGUGGCAUCUCAUUAUUUUCCAAUGGCUGCCCUAAAGGCUUUCUGGAAUAACCCAAUGGGACCAAAGACCACUCAUUUUUGGGGUCCUAUUGCCAACUGGGGCUUUAUAAUUGCUGGAUUGGCUGACACAAAAAAGCCCCCGGAAUUGAUAUCUGGAAACAUGUGUGCAGCAAUGUGUGUUUAUUCAGGGCUUUUCAUGAGGUUUGCAUGGGUGAUACGACCUCGCAACUAUUUGCUUCUAGCCUGCCAUGUCUCCAAUGAAAGUGUUCAACUCUACCAACUCUCACGGUGGGCAGCUGCUCAGGGGUAUUUUCAGAAGAAAGAGGCUUCUGAGGUUGCUGAGAAGCAAUAAUUCCCUCAGUUCAGCAUUCCCGAAUUGCUGAGAAGCAAUAAUUCUCUUAAUUUAGCAUUCCCUAAUUGUGGAGUAUGCAACUCAAUAAGCAUUUACUGAUUAAUCUCCACAUUUAUAUCAUGGUCAAUGAUCUGCUAUCAUUCUCUGUGAUGCAUCAGAUUCUUUGUUGCUGUGCAUAUUUUCAACAUAUAAGAAUUGGGUUAUGCAUUUCAAAAAUUUCCUCCUGUCACUUCUUUGUGGCUAAAUUAUAUUUAUGUGCUUUAUAAGGUUCAAUAUCA